AUGGCGCAGUGCAGCACCUGCAAGUCUCAGCGCGCCGUCAGUGGAAGCGCCGAAGAAAAAAAUCGCUCGACACAUGGAGCUGCGCUGGAGAAGAGAAGCGGUCAGUCUCACAGCCUCUUUCAUGGCGUAAAACAGCACUUUUCUCCAGGACAGGCAUUCACGGAUUAUGCAGAGAUGAAGCGUGUCCGCACGGAGCAGAUACAGUAUGCGGUGACGCAGUACCUGAAGAGGAGACAGUAUAUCGACACUGAUGGAUCACUGAAAGGAGCAAAACUCUCCCAAACCGCUGAGGAGAUGGCGGCCAGUCUGACAGUUCAGACCGAGUCGAGUUGUGCCAAUGUGGUGUCUGCAGCCCCGUGUCAGGCGGACCCUCAGCAGUAUGAGAACCAGUUCUCCAGGCUACGCUCCUUCCUGCAGGAAUAA